GGGCACACAGACCGAAGGCGUCAGUGGCCUUCAGCUACGUUUAGUGUGUUUUUGGAGCCCAGACAGAACCCUUCAGGGAAGUAACUAGGGACAGCCACGGCUGGCCCCCUCCCCAGAUUCACUGCCUGGGGUGGCCCCCACGCUGGGGUGAUGGGAGCGCCCGCUGAGUGCCGGGGCCUGGGCUCAGGGCUCAUCUGCAUAUUUACUAUCCCUGGGAGAUGACAGUGUCUUCCCCAUUCCGUCCCUGAGAAAACCAAAGCUUAAAAGUUGUGAGACCCAGGGCUGUGGAGCAGUCACUGGCAACCCUAACCCUGACCCUAAUCCCCCAGCACAUGGGCCUGCUACACGUGGCCCUUCUGCAGCUCGGCUAAGGCCCGUUUUCCUCCCAGAUGUCUCUCACGUCUUCCCGGAGUUCCCGGCGCCCGACCUGGGCAGCAUCCUGCUGCAGGAGAGCAUCACGCUGCACGAUGUCAAGGCCCUGCAGCUGGUCUACCGGCGGCACUGCGAGGCAACUUUAGACGUCGUGGUGAACCUCCAGUUUCACUACAUUGAGAAGCUGUGGCUUUCCUUCUGGAACUCAAAAGCCUCCUCGGGCGAUGGCCCUGCCUCCCUACCUGCCAGCGACGGGGAACCUGAAGGCGCCGUCCUCCCGAAGGACAAGCUGGUGUCUCUGUGUAAAUGCGAGCCCAUUCUCAAGUGGAUGAGGAACUGCGACCACAUCCUGUACCAGGCCCUGGUGGAGAUCCUCAUCCCCGACGUGCUGCGGCCGGUGCCCAGUACCUUGACACAGGCCAUCCGUAAUUUUGCCAAGAGCUUGGAAGGCUGGUUGACGAACGCCAUGAGAGACUUCCCACAGCAGGUCAUCCAGACCAAGGUCGGCGUGGUCAGCGCCUUUGCCCAGACCCUGCGCAGAUACACGUCGCUCAACCACCUCGCUCAGGCGGCGCGCGCCGUGCUGCAGAACACCUCCCAGAUCAACCAGAUGCUCAGUGACCUCAACCGCGUGGACUUCGCCAACGUGCAGGAGCAGGCCUCGUGGGUGUGCCAGUGUGAGGAGAGCAUGGUGCAGCGGCUGGAGCAGGACUUCAAGCUGACCCUGCAGCAGCAGAGCUCCCUGGACCAGUGGGCCAGCUGGCUGGACAACGUGGUCACCCAGGUCCUGAAGCAGCAUGCCGGCAGCCCCAGCUUCCCCAAGGCCGCCCGCCAGUUCCUUCUGAAAUGGUCCUUUUACAGCUCCAUGGUGAUCCGCGAUCUCACGCUACGCAGCGCCGCCAGCUUUGGCUCCUUCCACCUGAUCCGCCUGCUCUAUGACGAGUACAUGUUCUACCUGGUGGAGCACCGUGUCGCCGAGGCGACCGGAGAGACGCCCAUUGCUGUGAUGGGAGAGUUCAACGAUCUCGCUUCCCUAUCGCUGACACUGCUCGAUAAAGAUGACCUCCGCGAGGAUCGUGGCCGUGAGGCCAACUCUGAUGCCCGCAGCCUGGGCGAGCCCCUGGUGAAGCGGGAGCGCAGUGACCCGAACCACUCCUUGCAGGGCAUCUAGCUCUGCGGUGCCUUCCCCAGGCUCCAGACCGGGCCCCUCGAGCUCUACUGUAAUAGUGCCUCUUAGAUGACGUGACCUUUGCUCUGACUCACGGGGGCGCCCUCCAGAAGAAAAACCCUCGUGAACCACAACAGAAGGUCACAUCGGGUUCCCGAGUGCCUGAGCUGCUCACCCGGUGACUCCUGGGUCAUCUUUUCCUUCUGAGUGUUCUUCUCUCCUCUGCCGGACCAUGAACUUUGGUCCAAGUCUACCCAUCCCGCCUGAGAGCUGAAAGGGGCCACGCUGGACGAGCGGGCACCUCCACACUGGGCUUCUCCUCGGAUCAGCUGCUUCCAGCUUCCACCAUUAUUUUUUAAAACUCAGAUCCCAGGAGGGAAGGGGUGUCCUGUAGCUGUUGGGCAGUCCCGAGCUGACCGGUGUCCACAGAGCCCCCUGCCUUGGUGCCCUGUGGUGGGAAGGGACCUUCUCCGUGCUGUGCCCAGGGCCUCCUGCCCUGCUGGCUGUGCUGAGGCGUGGAGGCCGGCCCACAGGCCCACAGGAGCCCCAUCUGCAGACACCUAACGUCCCCAGAAGCAGCUGUCAAUCGCCAUGGCCCCAUGUGGCCCAGAGAACAAGUCACGGAAAUGGGCCGCCCAUGCCAAGACAUAGUGGUGUCUUUAAGAACCAAGACCAGAAGUUUUAUCAGCAACUGGAAGGAUUUGGGUUCUGUCCAAGGUCACAGCCAAUGUCAAGCCAAAUUGCCAGGUCUGGAAUGAGUUUGUUCCAAGGAGGCUGGGUGGUUGGUGUUUCAGUGGUGUCUUCAGAGAGCAGCCAUCGGGCCAAGCCUGCCUGGCUCCUGCCGCGUAGAAUCUUCUGGAAUGCCUGCCUUUGAAUUAGCAAUCCUGGAGCACUCUGACCCGGGGCAAGUCCCAUCUUGAACUGCUCAAAGUCGACACUCUUCUCUGGGCUAAAUGAAUCCUGAGGACUUGUACAGCCCUUGAACUUUGAACACUCCGGAUCCAGAUCCGCUGUAACACAUUGCACUUGGUUAGCUCCAUGCAAGAGUCCUGCCCCCAAACCAACUGCAAAGAAGAAAGACAAACCUCUGGUCUAGGAAGCACCAUCUUAUGAAAUGCAAUAGUUUCUCCUUUUGGAAAUAUGUUUAUACCAAUAGUUUUGUGCUCUAAUUGUUAUUAGAACGUUUCUUAUGAACAUGUAUAUUGUAGUAUAUUCAGUCCCCAAUAUUUUUUUUCUCAUUCACGCAGAAGGUACUAAUGUAAACUCACGUGGCCUUUAAAAACCUUACUUCCCAACAAGCAGGAGCGCUGAGCACUCCUAGGCCCACGCCAGGUGUGCAGGGCGGUGUGGAGGGGAAAGACAGGAAAGCUAGGCGCUUAUCUUAGAAACCGAAAGUCUAUCCUCAUCACAAUGUUUCUCUGGUUUUACAGUUCAAGACUUAGAUGAAAUCAGACGGAAAGAAUGUCUUUAAAAUAUAUAUAUCUCCUCUCCUGGGAGACAUUUAAGCUCACGGUUCUCAGAUUGUAAUGGCCUGCCUUUUCUUCCACGGGGGGUGAGCAGUACAAACCAGGUUUCCGCCUUACGCUCCUGCCUUUGCAGGAUUCCACAAGGAACAAUACAAAUGACAGUAAAGACACGCACCUUCCAAGCC